ACCAUAUUGGCCUCAGAGUUUUUGAGAAGACAGUAUCUGAAGAAUUAUGUUGUACAAUUAUAAAGCAAAAAAGAUCAUACAGUACAAAUUUUUCCAGUAAGGAAUGGCACAUCCUUCACAAUUUAGCUAAUGACAAAGAUCUGGUUUGGAAGCCAGCUGAUAAAGGUGGAGCCAUAGUAUUAAUGAACCGCACUGAUUAUAUGGAUGAGAUCCAUAGACAAUUAUCUGUAAGAGAACAUUAUCUCAAUAUAGAACGGGACCCUACACACCAUAUCCAGUCAAUUAUAAGAACGGUGACAUUGGAAGGGCUGGCACUUGGAUAUAUAUCAGAGGAUGUAUAUAAAUUUCUACAUACACCAUGGCCCAGAAUCCCUGUACUAUAUACUCUACCCAAAAUACAUAAAAACAUUAGACCGGUACCUGGCCGUCCUAUUGUAUCCGGAUCGGGCUCAGUCUUAGAACCACUAGCUAAAUUUGUGGACCACUAUUUACAACCUUUUGUGAAACAGACUUCUUCCUAUGUUAGAGAUACAAAACAUUUUAUUAACAUUAUUGAAUCCUUGGUGAUCCCAACAGAUGCAGUCCUGAUGUCUGUAGAUGUAAUAUCACUGUAUACCAAUAUUCCGUUAGAGGAGGCACGAUAUAUAUGUGAAUCAACCUUGAACAGGAGGCCUAAUCACCACCCUCCCACCUUUUUUUUGUUGGAUCUUCUUGAUAUUAUUCUUGAAAAAAAUUACUUCAAGUUUGAUGAAAAAUACUAUUUCCAAAUACAAGGUGUAGCCAUGGGCAGUCCUGUCGCGCCAGCGAUAGCCAAUUUAUUCAUGGAUAAUUUGGAGAAUGAAACUAUCUUGAAUCACACAAAGAACCCUGUAGCGGACGGCAUUAUCAAAUAUUGUAGAUUUAUUGAUGAUAUCUUUAUCAUUGUUAAUUCACAUCAGGAGGCAGUAACGUUAUUAUCCUGGAUCAAUACAAUUCACCUCAAAAUUAAAUUUACAGGAAACAUCAGUUCUACAUCCUUGAUUUUUCUAGAUGUCGUGGUUACAAAGGAAAAUGAUCGAUUGAAAGUGAGUAACCACCGAAAAACCACUGAUAGAAACUCCUUGUUACAUUACAACAGUUACCAUCAUUGGGCAUUAAAAAAUAAUUUACCCUUUACACAGAUGCUCAGGAUUAAACGCAACUCCUCUACCCUACAGGACUUCAAUCAGGAAAUGGAAGAGACAAAAAGCAGGUUCAGAAAUCGAGGUUACCCAGAGUCCAUAAUACAAUCAGCCUACUCGAAGGUUGCCAGUAUUCCUAGAUCUAAACUCCUAGAGGACAAAAUUAGACCAGGAGUAGACAGAUUGAUAUGGCCACUCACACUUACAAGUUUGUCCAAUCUAGCCAUCAAAACUGUUAAAAAGUACUGGAACUUAAUAAGAGACAUCCCUGGAUGUGAUAGACCCCCUUUGGUAGCAUAUAAAAGAACAAGGAAUAUUGGGGAUAUAUUGGUACAUUCAAACAUAACCAAUAGGCCCCGGACUGUAAAAUCUAAUCUGGUGGGCAACUAUCGCUGCCAUCAUUGUUCAGUAUGCAGCCAAUUGAUAGAGACCAAAAUCUUGACACACCAACAUCUAUCAUUCGAAUUUAAAUUUCCCCAUUUUGCCACCUGUACAACCAAAGGGGUUAUUUACAUGAUAAUUUGUGAUUGUAAUUUAUCAUAUGUGGGGCAGACUCGUCGAGAAGUUAAGAGCAGAAUUAUAGAGCACAGGAGCAAAAUACGAAAUCAUGUCAGAGAAUCCAUACUGUACAAACAUUUCUGUGAUCUACAGCAUAGUCCUGAAUCAUUCAAAUACCACAUACUAGAAGUAGUAUCACAAUCCAAACAUAUGGACUUCAAUAAUAAACUUUUGCAAAGGGAAACAUAUUGGAUUUUCAGAUUACGGACAGAACAUCCACAGGGCUUAAAUGAACAAAAUUCAUACAGUUGUUAUAUAUAGAACCUUAGCAUACUAUAAAUCCCUAAUUGAAUACACCCAAUACAAUAAGGGUACUCAUAGCACCAUCUGGUGGUAUUUCUUCUAUAUCUUCAUAUAAACCUUUCUGUUUCUUUAACAUCUUCCCCUUUAAAUUGAGGCAACCCCUUGAUGCUUUUCAUACUCGCAAUUAGAACCUAACACACAGCAGAGUAUCCCGUGAGUAUAUACUGUUUUAGAAAUAUACAAUUUGUUUAAAAACAAAUUUUUCGAUGUUUGUAACUCUUUAAUGCUUAUGGCCACUCCUUGUUCCUUUGACCUAGAUUCCACUGUAAAAAACAGGUAUCUCUAAGGAGAACAAGUGUUAAAUUUGGAACUAUACCACCAGAGGAAGGCCUGAUGCAGGGCCGAAACCGGUCGUGGCGAACUUACUCUUCUCGGCAAUAGAAUAUACAACGCCGAUUGCACUUCAAUGUAUAUUGGACUAUCCAUUUGAGGCUGCUUGUUAUUACUGUGAAUUUAACGCCGACUGCAUUUCUAUGUAUAUGGGACAAUCCAUUUGAUGGUGUUCGAUAUUACUGUGAAUUUAAACAGUAUAUUAAUUUGCCAGAUA